AUGGCCGCAACUCUUGCGAGACACCAUGACACCCCUCCAUUCGCGGAUCACAAAGAUCUACACAACGUUAUAGAUGCGACACAACUCGGUGAUGUCCCUUGGCAGUGUUUCUCGGCCCAAUACUCAGGAGAACGACCUGAGGUUGUCCCGCCAUGGAUGGAUGAUGAAUUCGAGGUCUGGUACAGGGACCCCCGUGCGAUGGCACACAACAUACUCGCCAACCCUGAUUACAAGGAUGAGAUCGACUACGUGCCAUUUCGUGAAUACGACGCAUCGGACUCCACACGCCGAUGGAAGGAUUUCAUGUCCGGAGACUGGGCAUGGCAACAGGCAGACACCAUAUCGAAAGAUCCAGAAACACAUGGAUCUUCCUUAGUCCCAAUUAUUCUCGGUAGCGACAAGACCACUGUCUCUGUGGGCACCGGCAAUAAUGAAUACUACCCCCUCUAUGCCUCGAUUGGUAACGUACGCAACAAUGUACGGCGUGCACACCGUGAUGCCCUCGUAAUCAUCGGUUUCCUCGCCAUUCCUAAAAUAUUUCGUAUCUUCCGCCGCCAGCUAUUUCACAGCUCUCUGUCUGCGAUUCUCUCCAGCCUCAAACCUGUUAUGACCACGUAUGAGGUCGUGCGCUGUGGAGAUGGCCAUUUCCGGCGCGUUAUAUACAGUCUAGGACCCUACAUAGCGGAUUACGAGGAACAACUCGUGCUAUCCUGUGUUGUCAAACAUUGGUGCCCGAAAUGCAUUGCAGUUCGCACGGACCUUGAUAGUGGUGGUAGAUACCGCUGUCGCGAGCACACUGAUUUCUUGAUUGACGAACUACACGCGGAUAUAUUGUGGGAUGAAUAUGGUCUCAUUGGCGAUCUUGUCCCAUUCACUAACGACUUUCCCCGAGCUGACAUCCACGAGUUGCUGUCAUUUGACCUUCUCCACCAGCUCAUUAAAGGGGCUUUCAAAGACCAUCUUGUCGACUGGGUGGCGAAAUACCUCAAGGCUGUGCAUGGAACCAGACGGGCCGAGGAGAUCAUGAGCGACAUAGAUCGCAGAGUUGCUGCUGUAGCAUCAUUCUCUGGUCUACGACGAUUUCCUCAAGGUCGCGACUUUAAACAGUGGACAGGCGAUGAUUCGAAAGCGCUGAUGAAAGUUUUUCUUCCGGCUAUCGAAGGCCACGUACCUCAAGACAUGGUACGCGCAUUUCGUGCGUUGUUGGAAUUCUGUUACCUUGUCCGGCACAAUGUCAUUACCGAAGAUACCUUGACUCAAAUCCAAGAUGCACUUCGUCGUUUUCAUCAAUAUCGCAAGCACUCAAUGACUCACUACUCGGACAUGAUCCGACUCUUUGGUGCCCCAAACGGACUAUGCUCAUCAAUAACAGAAUCAAAGCACAUCAAGGCAGUAAAGGAGCCUUGGCGGUGGUCAAGCAGGCACAAUGCUCUUGGUCAGAUGCUUGUGACCAAUCAGCGCCUUGAUAAGCUCGCAGCAUCCCGCGUGGACUUUGAUGCGCGAGGGAUGCUCACUGGCACUAUCUUAACAAGUGCAUUAGCUGCUCUCGAACGAAAACGGGCUCAGACAGUAGCAGCAUUGGCACAUGAAGUUGCCGUUCCAGAUCUACGACGCCUCAUUCGUCACUUUCUGUUCUCCCAGCUCAAUCCGGAUGAUGCCCGCAACCCUGAAGACAUCCCAGCUGCUCGAUUACCUCGCCAUGAAGGGAAGCUUCGUGUCUUCAAUUCUGCUGCUGCGACGUUUCACGCCCCCAGUGAUCCAAGUGGCAUUGGUGGCAUGCGACGCGAACACAUUCGCGCAUGUCCACUCUGGCGGAACGAGUACCCAUGCAAUGAUUGUAUAUUCAUCAAUACUGGUUCAGAUGCUGAAGGGAUGCGAGGACUCGAAGUUGCGAGAGUCAUUUGUUUCUUUUCAUUUAACCACAACUGGGAAGUGUAUCCAUGCGCUCUCAUACACUGGUUUGAGAAGAUCGGCGAUGAUCCUGAUGAAAACACUGGUAUGUGGAUGGUCGCUCCAAGCUUCCACGAGGACGGCUCGAAGAAUAUUGCGGUUAUUCAUAUUGAGACGGUCUUCCGUGCAGCACACCUGAUACCUAUCUACGGUUCCGAGUAUAUUCCUCACACCCUCAAGUUUUACCAUUCUCUUGAUACUUUCGACUCAUUUUAUGUCAACAAAUAUGCUGAUCACCACGCCUUCGAGAUAGCGUCCUGA